AUGGCUGAUGAGACUCUCCUGGCCGCAACGGCCCUGUUGCAGUCUCUCGCCAGAGACGAGCCCACUGCCGGCUCCUCUUCACCUCCUUUUGAUUUCCAAUUUCCUUCGAGUAAUGGCACGAAAUUCUCCCAACUACCCGGAGAACCCACCCCUGCAAAGGCCUCCUUCGAAGCCGAGUUGGAGGCCUUGGUGCGGCGCGUGCAUCAUCUGGAAUUCCAAGCUGUCAGUCAUCACAAAUUCCCCGACAACCCCCAGCAGGCCACUGCUUCUGCUUUCGGAUCCAACGAGAAGGACCCUGAUUUCUUGUGGACCUUUGGGCUCGAUCGCUUGUCGUCCGGUCAAGGUUCUGACUCUUAUUGCCUUCCACAGCAGCAAAAACUGAAUCAACCCGAUCGGCGGCAGCGGACCCCUUCCGGUCCCGAAGAGCCUCCGGCUGCGGAUCUUGACGACGACGAAACCGACGAGGAGGACGAGAAUGGUGCUCGCACCCGCAUCGUUCGUGAGGAGGAUAUCAGCAUCCUUAGAAACCAUGUUCAGAAGCAGGCCGAAGAGAUAAGCUUCCAAAAGGACAUUAUUGCGCAGGUUCGCGAUGAGUUGCAGAAGCAGGAAGAGCACACUCGCCGUGCUUUGACCAAGGUCGAAAACGAAGACGUCGUUCUUCUCGAACGUGAACUACGCAAGCAUCAACAGGCCAACGAGGCUUUCCAAAAAGCCCUCCGAGAGAUUGGGGGUAUCAUUACCCAAGUCGCCAACGGAGACCUUUCCAUGAAGGUCCAGAUUCACCCCCUAGAGAUGGACCCCGAAAUUGCCACUUUCAAACGUACAAUCAACACUAUGAUGGACCAACUGCAAGUUUUCGGUAGCGAAGUGUCUCGAGUCGCCCGUGAGGUCGGAACCGAAGGUAUACUAGGUGGACAAGCUCAGAUCACCGGUGUCCACGGUAUUUGGAAAGAACUUACAGAAAAUGUGAACAUUAUGGCCAAGAACUUGACGGAUCAGGUGCGAGAAAUCGCGGCUGUCACUACUGCUGUAGCCCAUGGUGAUCUCAGUCAGAAGAUUGAAAGCCGUGCUCAGGGUGAAAUUCUGGAAUUGCAACAAACCAUUAAUACCAUGGUGGACCAACUUCGAACAUUCGCGACCGAGGUAACGAGAGUCGCGCGCGACGUCGGUACAGAAGGUGUACUAGGUGGACAAGCCCAAAUCGAAGGGGUACAAGGCAUGUGGAACGAACUCACAGUCAAUGUUAACGCCAUGGCCAACAAUCUCACCACGCAAGUGCGUGAUAUCGCUACGGUCACGAAAGCUGUCGCCAAGGGUGAUCUCACGCAGAAGGUGCAAGCCAACUGCCGUGGAGAAAUUGCAGAGCUUAAGAACAUUAUCAAUUCCAUGGUGGACCAAUUGCGGCAAUUCGCACAGGAAGUCACUAAGAUUGCCAAGGAGGUCGGUACCGAUGGUGUACUGGGAGGUCAAGCUACGGUGAAUGAUGUUGAAGGCACCUGGAAAGAUUUGACAGAAAACGUCAACCGAAUGGCCAACAAUCUGACCACUCAGGUGCGAGAGAUUGCCGAUGUCACCACCGCUGUCGCCAAGGGUGAUUUGACCAAGAAGGUUACUGCCAACGUCCAGGGUGAAAUACUAGAUCUCAAGAGCACUAUCAACGGCAUGGUGGAUCGACUGAAUACCUUCGCCUUCGAAGUCAGCAAAGUCGCUCGAGAGGUCGGUACAGACGGUACCCUUGGUGGUCAGGCCAAGGUCGACAAUGUGGAAGGAAAAUGGAAGGAUCUUACCGACAACGUCAAUACUAUGGCUCAAAAUUUGACAUCUCAGGUGCGAAGUAUCUCCGAUGUCACGCAGGCUAUUGCCAAGGGUGAUCUCAGCAAGAAGAUUGAAGUGCACGCUCAGGGAGAAAUUCUUACGCUCAAAGUCACUAUUAACCACAUGGUGGGUCGACUUGCCAAAUUCGCAACCGAACUCAAGAAGGUCGCUCGCGAUGUCGGUGUCGAUGGAAAGAUGGGUGGGCAAGCCAAUGUUGAAGGCAUUGCAGGAACUUGGAAAGAAAUCACCGAGGACGUCAACACGAUGGCCGAAAAUCUUACGUCUCAGGUGCGAGCAUUCGGUGAGAUUACUGAUGCAGCGACCGACGGCGAUUUCACCAAGCUUAUUACCGUCAAUGCUUCCGGAGAAAUGGACGAGUUGAAACGCAAGAUCAACAAAAUGGUUUCCAAUUUGAGAGACAGUAUUCAGCGAAACACUGCCGCCAGGGAGGCUGCCGAACUUGCCAACCGUACCAAAUCUGAGUUCUUAGCCAACAUGUCGCACGAAAUCCGAACACCAAUGAACGGUAUCAUCGGCAUGACGCAGCUUACGUUGGAUACGGAUGACUUAAAGCCGUACACGCGUGAGAUGUUGAACGUUGUGCACAACUUAGCGAACAGUCUCCUCACGAUUAUCGACGAUAUUCUCGAUAUUUCGAAGAUCGAAGCGAAUCGGAUGGUGAUCGAAAGCAUUCCCUUCACUGUGCGGGGCACCGUCUUUAACGCCCUUAAGACCUUAGCUGUCAAGGCGAACGAGAAGUUCCUCAGCUUGACAUAUCAGGUAGAUAACACUGUACCUGAUUAUGUUAUUGGUGAUCCGUUCCGUCUGCGCCAGAUUAUCCUGAACUUGGUUGGCAACGCCAUUAAGUUUACCGAGCACGGCGAAGUCAAACUCACGAUCCGAAAGUCCGAUCGGGAGCAAUGCACUACCAAUGAGUACGCUUUCGAAUUCUCUGUCUCGGACACUGGUAUCGGUAUUGAGGAAGACAAGUUAGACUUGAUCUUCGACACCUUCCAGCAAGCCGAUGGCUCUACCACCAGGAGGUUUGGUGGUACCGGUCUUGGUCUUUCCAUCUCCAAGCGUCUGGUCAACCUGAUGGGUGGUGACGUCUGGGUCACCUCGGAGUACGGCCACGGCAGUACCUUCCACUUCACCUGCGUGGUCAAGCUUGCAGACCAGUCCUUGACUGUCAUCUCAUCUCAGCUCAUGCCAUAUCGAAACCACCGAGUUCUCUUCAUUGACAAGGGUCAGAACGGAGUUCAAGCUUCUAAUGUCUUGAAAAUGCUCAAGCAGAUUGACUUGGAGCCUUUGGUUGUCAGGAAUGAGGAGCACGUUCCUCCGCCUGAAAUCCAGGAUCCUUCUGGAAAGGAAUCUGGUCAUGCCUACGACGUCAUCAUUGUUGACUCGGUAGAUACAGCUCGCAUUCUCCGUACAUUCGAUGAGUUCAAGUAUAUUCCUAUCGUCCUUGUCUGUCCUCUGGUUUGUGUCAGUCUAAAGUCCGCUUUGGACCUCGGUAUAAGUUCAUAUAUGACUACACCGUGUCAGCCCAUCGACCUUGGUAAUGGUAUGCUCCCUGCUUUGGAGGGCAGAUCAACCCCCAUCACCACCGACAACUCUCGCUCCUUCGACAUUCUCCUUGCUGAAGACAACGACGUGAAUCAACAACUUGCGAUGAAGAUACUCCAGAAGCACAAUCACAACGUCUUCGUUGUUGGCAAUGGCUUGGAAGCUGUGGAGGCUGUUAAGAAGCGUCGCUACGAUGUGAUCCUCAUGGACGUUCAAAUGCCCGUCAUGGGCGGAUUUGAAGCCACUGGGAAGAUUCGCGAGUAUGAACGGGAGAGCGGACUACAGCGCACCCCAAUCAUUGCGCUCACCGCCCACGCCAUGCUUGGAGAUCGUGAGAAGUGCAUCCAGGCUCAGAUGGACGAGUACUUGUCGAAGCCGCUUAAGCAGAAUCAGAUGAUGCAGACAAUCCUCAAGUGCGCAACGCUUGGUGGCUCGCUGUUGGAGAAGAGCAAGGAGUCUCGAAUUUCCAGUAGUGGAGAAAUGCAUCCUAUCCACUCCUCUGUCUCCUCGAACGACCAGAAUCAGCAGCAACAACGCUCGCAAAAACUGCAAACGUUGCCGCCGUCGCGUCCUGUUGUGGACACCCGGGCAAUCACAACCUCUGGCCCUAUCACCCGUGGAAGUGUUGUCAGUCCUGGUCCCGCCGAGGACAGAGACGAAGAGAUGAUCGAUGAUCGGUACUUGAGCUCAUCUGCGUGA